CAGCGGAGGGCGGGAGGCGGCGCGGCGGAGGAGCCCAGCGAGCGGGAGGCUGCCGCCAUGCCCGCUUUCCGGCAGGUCGGUGAGAAGCAGCUGCCGCAGGAGGUCGUCGUCAUGGCGUGGUCCCCCAAGAGGGACCUCAUCGCUCUGGCCAACAGGGCGGGAGAGGUUUUACUUCAUCGGCUUGCAAACUUUCAACGAGUUUGGAGUUUGCCUCCAAAUGAAAAUACAGGAAAAGAAGUGACAGCUCUUGCUUGGAGGCCAGAUGGCAAAAUUUUGGCCUUUGGCCUUAGUGAUACCAAGCGGAUUAUUCUGUGUGAUGUAGAAAGGCCUGAAAGCUUGCACUCCUUCUCAGUGAACUUGUCUAUUACUUAUAUGCAUUGGAUGGAAGUAACUGCAGAGAGCAGCAUUCUCACUUCCUUCUACAAUGCAGAGGAUGAGGCAAAUGUCAUUUUGCCUAAAUUACCAGCACUACCAAAAAAUUAUAGUACCACUGCGAAAAUUUUCAGUGAAGAAAAGUCAGAUGAGAUUAUGAAGCUUCUGGGUGAUGUGAGGCUUAAUGCUCUUGUCCUUGGUGGCAGCUCAGGGUUUAUUGAAAUUUAUGCUUAUGGAAUGUUCAAGAUUGCUACAGUAACUGGGGUGGCAGGUUCUUGUCGUGGACUCUGUUUAUCCAGUGACCUGAAAUCACUAUCGGUUAUUACAGAAAUACAAGACUCUCCUGACAGUGAAGCAGAGAUAACUUAUUUUCAGCUGGACACCAGUCUGUUAUCAAGUUAUUUACCUGAGGUAACUCGAAUGGCCCGGAAGUUUACUCACAUUUCAACACUGUUACAGUAUAUAAACUUGUCAUUGACGUGCAUGUGUGAAGCAUGGGAAGAAAUACUGAUGCAGAUGGACUCACGGCUAACAAAAUUUGUACAGGAAAAGAAUACAACCACUUCUGUUCAGGAUGAGUUUAUGCAGCUGUUGUUAUGGGGCAAAGCAAGUCUGGAACUGCAGGCAUUAUUAAUGAACCAACUGACAGUAAAGGGCUUAAAAAAGCUCGGUCAGUCCAUAGAGUCCUCCUAUUCCAGUAUACAAAAAUUGGUUAUAAGUCAUUUGCAGAGUGGCUCAGAAGCACUCUUAUACUACUUAAGUGAGUUGAAAGGAAUGGCUUUAUGGAAACAAAAAUACGAGUCUCUGGGAUUAGAUGCAUCUGGAAUUGAAGAGGCUACUACUGCUGUUGGUUCUUUCAUCCUGAAAGCAAAUGAGCUGCUUCAAGUUAUUGACAGUAGUAUGAAAAACUUCAAAGCAUUUUUUCGAUGGCUGUACGUUGCUAUGUUGAGGAUGUCAGAAGAUCAUGUGCUUCCAGAGCUGAACAAGAUGACUCAAAAAGAUAUCACGUUUGUUGCGGAUUUUCUUACUGAGCACUUCAAUGAGGCACCAGAACUUUACAAUCGCAAAGGAAAAUACUUCAAUGUGGAGAGGGUUGGCCAGUACUUGAAAGAUGAAGAUGAAGACCUUGUUUCACCACCUAAUACAGAAGGAAACCAGUGGUUUCACUUUCUCAAAAAUAGUACUCAUGUUAAAGAAAGUCCACUUUUGUUUCCCUACUAUCCUGAGAAAUCACUGCAUUUUGUCAAAAGGCAAAUGGAAGAGGUCAUUGAUCAGUGUUUACAAAAACCAGCUGAUGUGAUUGGAAAGUCAGUGCAUCAAGCAUUCUGUGUGUCUCUCUACAAGACUUCCCGUAGUGAAGAUUCCUCACCUCAGUUAUUUAAAUUGCCUUUUCUGUGGAAUGACAAAACAUCCAACAUACAUUAUGUUCUCUUUACCAUAUUAGAAAGUUCUAUUUCUAAAAUACACAUUUUGAGGAGACAUACAGAUACUUCCAGGUCUAUCGGUAACGGAAUUGUUGCAGUAGAGUUUGGAAACUUCUUGAACAACAGUAUAAAUGAGAGCUCAGACUCCAGGUGCUACAGUUGUUUAGAUGCACAUUUUUAUGAUGAUGAAACUGUAACUGUAGUUCUGAAGGAGAGCGUGGAACAAGAGGGGAAGGAGAGAAUCUUGGCCCAGCUGCCUUUAUCUUCAGUAUACACAAAUGAGGAUCAAGAAGUGGAAUUCAUCUGGGAUUCUACUAAAAGAUUGGCUGAGCAAAGUGAUGAGAUAGCAACACGUACUGUCUUCUUGGACAACCAGUGGAGAGUGCUGGAGAACAUGAAAGCUCAGUAUGUUGCUGUAAAUGGUAUUAGAAAAGUUUCCUGUGUGCUAAGUUCAAAUCUUCGUCAUGUGAGAGUGUUUGAGAUGGAUGUAGAGGAUGAUGGAGAAGUUGAAGAAGAGGAGGAAGAAGAAACUACUCAGAUAGCAGCUGGGGAACCUGAAGAGCUGAAUUGCUCUGUGGAUAACCAAGAUAAUGUGUGUGGUGCAUCAGCUGAAGAACUACCUGAUGAAACUGAAGAAAAUGAGUCAAGCCUGGGUCUUUGACACAGGUUUUCCCUGGUAAAGGGAGAAGACUGAAAUCGAACUUCUGGUUACUGAAAUGAUGUUUCCCGUACCUACUCUGUAGCGUCAACAUGCUGUGGGUUCUGUAUUACUUCUUAACAAAGGCCAACUAUGUUCUAGAAUAUACAAGCUUGAACUUUU